UCCCCCCAAGGGAUUGGUGCAUAGAGGACGCCCUCCAUCGUUCAUUGGCUGCUGGGUCUGUCAAGAGCAUCGCAGUGCACCCGGGAGCUGUAGUCCGGUUGCUCGACUUGCGAGCGUGCGCAGUGAGUGGCCUGGAGGAAGGGUAGGAACCGCUGACUUCCGGCCUGGCUGACAGUUUGGGGAGUCUAGAGUGCUCGCGUCUGAAAGACAUUCUUUGCAAGAGAAUAUGACUUCUCAGUGACUGGUAAGAGAUGGAAUCUAAUCCACAGGGUAGGCAUGGCAACCAGUGUAAGGCAGUUCCUUGAGGCAAAUGAUGGCUGCAGCAAGGAGUCCCCAGGCACACUCAUCCUCAAACAAGGACUGCAUACCGGGCCGGAAAUCAGCCCUUCAGCGCAAUAGCAGUGACUGUGAGGCCUCCCGCCAGCGCUUCAGGCAGUUCUGCUACCAGGAGGUAGCUGGCCCCCAGGAAGCUUUUAGCAGACUCUGGGAACUCUGUUGUCAGUGGUUGAGGCCUAAGACACAUUCAAAAGAACAAAUCCUGGAGCUGCUGGUUUUGGAACAAUUUUUGACCAUUUUGCCAGAGGAGAUCCAGAGCUGGGUGAGGGAGCAAUCUCCAGAAAAUGGGGAGGAAGCUGUGGCUCUGGUUGAGGGUGUACAAAGAGCUCCUGAACAACAGGUCUCAGGUUCUGAGAAGGACUUCAAAGUGCUCAUGGAGGAGAUGGCCCCUUGGGGAGCAGCCAGAGAAUCACUGAGAUCCCAAUGGACACAGGAGGUUCAGCCAGAGGAACAGACUUUGAAGGGAUCACAGAGCUUAUACCAAAGCCCAGGGAAACAGUCAGAAGCUUGGCUUGUUCCUCAGGCUCCCGGAAACUUGCUCCAAAAGAAGGGUCUCCAAGCUCAGGAGACAGGUGCUGUGGUCUGGACAGCUGGGUCCCAGGGACCAGCCAUGUGUAAGGACAGAGCCCCAUCCCUCUGUCAGCAAGAAUGGAUGUAUGUUAGCCCUGCACAGAGGGCAUUCUACUGGGGUGCUACACAGAAGAAGAACAGACACUUCUCGCUGGGUAAGGAUCCACCCUGGGGCUAUGAAGAGACCAAGACAUUCCUGGCCAUUCUCAGUAGUUCUCAGUUUUGCAGAAAACUUCAGACCCAUAAGCAGAACAGCCAGAUCUACAGUGGGGUGGCGGAAAGACUCUGGGAGCAGGGCUUCUUGUGGACCCUACAGCAGUGUCACAGUAAGUUUAGAAGCCUACAGAUGAGUUACCACAAAGUAAGGCUAGGCUGUGUGCUUGAGCCUUGUAUCCUUUAUGAAGAAAUAGAUGUUUAUUCAAGCUCCUGGGCCUCUGUACCUCCUGUGGCAAGCAGUGCUGUUCCUAGCCUAGAGGGAAGUAUUACUGAGGCUGGAGAGAUGCAUCAGCAGAGCGGGGAGCCCAAAGAGGUUGUAGAAGAUGGCACUGUGGAUGGUACAAAUAGCAAUGAAAAAGACUUCAGGAACCCUGAAGAACUCACAAAAUUUGACUUAACAGUCCUGUUCUCAAAUAGACUUGGUUUUGAGAUCAAGAAUGGUAUUAAAAAAGAGAAUCUGAAAUGGGAUGACGAUUCAGAGGAAGUAGAAAUGAAUAAAGCUUUACAUGGAAAGUCUAGUGGAGAAGUUUUUUGGCACUCUGAGCUAAAAAAACGUUGGGAGAGUGAGCCAACAUCAAGAAGGCAAUAUAGAAAUUCUCCAGGGAAAAGUGAGGAGAAACCCCCAUCCCAGGAUAAAAUGAGUCACCAGAGACUUUGUACUGGGGACAAAGCUUAUACACAGUUCCUCUGUGGGAAUAACUUCUCUCAGAGUGUGUCUGUUCCCUGCAAGCCAGCCCUUGAACUAGAAAAAUCUUCUCAAUGUCCUGAAUGUGGAAAAACCUUUAGUCGAGGUUCUUAUCUUAUUCGGCAUCAGAGAAUCCAUACAGGCGAGAAGCCUCACAAGUGCAGUGAAUGCGGGAAAGGCUUUAGUGAGCGUUCCAACCUCACUACCCACCUACGAACUCACACAGGGGAGAGGCCCUACCAGUGUGGGCAGUGUGGGAAAAGCUUCAACCAGAGCUCUAGCCUCAUUGUCCACCAGAGGACCCACACGGGGGAGAAGCCUUAUCAGUGCAUUAUUUGUGGAAAGAGAUUCAACAACAGUUCUCAAUUCAGCACUCACCGGCGCAUCCACACUGGAGGGACCCUGUACAAGUGUGCAGAAUGUGGGAAAAGCUUCAGCAACAGCUCCCACUUCAGUGCCCACCAGAAAACCCACACUGGGGAAAAGCCUUACAAGUGUUCUCAAUGUGAGAAAAGCUUUACUACGAACUCUGCUCUCACUCACCAUCAGGUAGUACACAUAAAAGAGAUGACUGUCAUCACAGGAAGUGAGAGGUAUGUUGUAAGUUUGUAGGAAACCUGAGAAACCAAUUCCUUAGGUCCAUGUGUGUUCCUUCGAACUUCCUUCUGCUUGUGGAGAGAUCUAGCCAAUCCAUGGGUUAGUAAGUGGACUUAUUGACAACUGGAUCUUAAGAACCAGGUCCAGGAACAGGAAUUAGCAUAAAGAUGCUGACCUCUUCUGGCUCUGCCUGUGACUUCAGAGUCCUGUCUUACUGUGACUUAAAGUUUGCUACAAUGGGGAGAAUGCUGAAGGAUCCGUAAGUUCUGCCAGGAAACCAGGGUCUCCCUGUUCCCAACAUUGUGAAUGUUUUCCUAAAUGACUUAAUCUUCGAGGAAACAGUACAUCAAGGUUAACCUUUAUAAGAUCUCUCACUUUACCAUCACCCCUACCAUAGUUCCUGAUUGUCUUUUACAGCAAAUGGUUGUAAACAUUACUAUUUAUGGUGAAAAUAAAGGUGUUUCUCCCUCUA